ACAGCGGUGCGUGCCAAUCGAGCGUUAUUGGCAGUUUGGAGAGAGUACUUCUCCAAGUUGCUGUAUGGGGAUAUGAAGGAGAGAUCCAUGGACACCAUACCCCUUCCUGCCGCAAAGGCAGCUGGCCUGCAGAUUGUGAUCCGCUACGUGCACGGUCAUCCGUUCGGGUGGGGCACUGGCAGUUGCUGGGAUGACCUGAUCGAAGCGUACUGUUUGGCGUCCCAGUAUCAGAUCAACGGCUUGUGCGAAAGGAUCUUACUAUUGGUGUGCAGAGUUGCCCAUCCUCGAGAGCUCGGCGAUCUGCUAAAUGCAGCGAUCCCACGGCAAGCAGAGGAAGUCCUCAACGCUGCUGUGCAAGUACUGAAUGAAGUUUGGGCCUUUGAGUCAAAAUCAUUCCUGGGUUGGAGCAAGGAGAGCAUCACCUAUUGCCUGGAGAAUGUGACAUUCUAUCCGAACGUUACGGAGACGGUGGUCGCAGAGGCAGUUCUUUGUGCCACCACAUCUGGGACCUGGAGUGCUGGUGUUGUUGAGCCAAAAACCACUGAGUCAGACAUUCCAUCUGGGAACUGGUGUGGUGGUAUUCAGCAAAACGCCGCUCACAUUCCAUCCGGCGGGAAUCGGCGUGCUGGUAUCGUCGAGCAAGGCGUUGGUCACAUUCCAACUGGGAACGCGUCGCAAGCUGGUGGUAUUCAGCCAAGCACCGCAGCUCACAAUGCCAUUCCAUAUGGUUACUUGCAACAGUGGCAAGCUGUUAUUCCAUUCGGUUACGAGCAUCAUGAGCAUCAUGAUGCUGUUUUUCACGGAAACACUGAAGCAGCUCCCAUUCCAUUUGGUUAUGGGUGUGAUGGUAUAAUUCAGCAAAACGCCUCUCACCUUCCAUUUGGCAACCGGCGUGCUGGUUUUGAGCAAAACACCGCGGCGGCGCGCUUUUCGUUUGGGAACUGGCGCGCUGGUCUUAAGCAAAACACUGGAGAAGCAGCAGCUAAGGAGGCAGAGAAACCUGUUGUGCCGCGGAUAGUACACGCCUGUAAAAAAGCGUUAAGGAACUGUGCGGCCGCGGAUGGAGAGGAGUCAGAGGACCUGGUGGGGUGUUCAUUGUCCAGGUAGGACUUGCAGGCAAUACUGGAAUGCCACAUCAACCUUGCAUUCCUUGAUCCUUCAUUUCUGAUGAAGAAGAUUGAACCGUUGGAAAUCAUACGGCCAGAGGUACUUGCGGCAGUUUACAGAGUACAAUGUCAUGCGAUCUGCUGCUCACGAGGACUCUCGACCCAGUCCAUCGUCACAAUACCCUGGCGUUCUCUAGUUCCCAGGGUGUCAUUUGCAGCUGUAAAGGUAGGCCAGGAGGGCACUAUCCAGAAGUCAUACUCUCAGGUCUCGCUUCCAACGCUUUGGCAGGCUGAAUCGGAUGUCAUCGUGUCGGACGAGCUGCCGCAGCGCGUACGAUGCACAACAGCC